AUGGUAGACGGGGCCGUUAGCUCCCACUGCAAGUCUCUCUCUUGUACCUACACACCAAAGUCGGGACCCGCGACGUCCAAGUUUUGCGCCGACUCCUGGGAGGACAACGGGCUCUUUGCUCCUCGGUCUCAGAGGACACCUUCCAUCACGGCGACGCCCAGAGAGAGAGAGAGACAGUCGCUCUCUGCGUGGACCCGAGACCCGGGCCCCGGCUCUUUGCCUCUGACGGCGAAAGAACUCUGCAAGAGAGGAAAAUAUAUAGCCUGCUCUUACGUGGGGUGGGCUUUCGGCCUUUUGGGCAUUGGGACGAGAACACACCGCAGCCUGGAAUCCACCACCACGAUCCAGCGCGACCGACGGGGGGCAAACAAAAUUCAAUCAGUAAACAAGACGCGAACAAUAAACAUUUGGGAAAACGACAGCACCUCGCCGCGACCGAGCAAGGCCCCAUUCGAGAAGCGCGGCCCUCCCUUACUUCGAAUCCCUCACGCCUGCGACGAGCCGCAAUUGGUCGCACCCUGCCUGGACCUGGACGCCCGGCGCGGGAAUAGCCUCGUGUACCACACUGCAGACUGCAUGCCAGUCGGCCCAGCCUGCUCGCUGCAGCCUCGUGCCUGCCCCGGUGCGCGCGCAACCCUCCACGACUUGCUACCACGGCACCUUCGCGAACCCAUCCGAUCUCGACACCCCGCUAUCAUCCGACUUCAACAACUGAAGCUGCUGCUGCAGACCCGGCCUGUCGUUGGGUUCUGUUGCAAUCCAGACUAUCCGAGACUCCAAGAGUCUCCGGGUCGGUCCAUUCAGCCCUGCUCGGCCCAGGAUUUGAGCAUCGAAGCUACCAACGCGGACCACAUGGUUUACGCUCCGUACCACACGCCAUAUAUGCAUUCUAUACAGGCCUCGCAUUAUCCAAUGUCGUCGCCGAACCCAUCGAGGAAACGCCGAGCGCCAGGAGCCGUUCCCCCUUCGAUGCAAGAGACCUACUUCACCGCACCACCAAAUACAGAACAGGUUCCCGCCUGGAACACCAACAACUCGAACUUUAUGGACAAUUCGGCAAGCAACAUGAACCCCUACAACAUGAUGUCGAACUCGAGGCAGGCUCAAUUUCCCCAGCAGCCUGGCCACCCUACCCCUGCCACGCCGUCUACUGCUCUUGCAAGGCGGGGCCUGAACAACCAGUUAAUCGCCACAACCAGGCCGUACACUCCGCCGAGCGAGUUGUGGACGGGUUUCGGAGAUGAGGGCGCCGUGUCACAACAGAAUGGCAAUGACACGCUCGACGAGAAUGACAACAUCGAGCUGUUGGAGGAAAAGGCCCAAAAGGCCAAGAGGGAAGCUACUGCGAAGCGGAAGCAGAUACCGCCCUUCGUACAGAAACUGAACAGCUUUCUGGAAACCUCCAAGAAUACGGAACUGAUCCGUUGGUCAGAGAAAGGAGACUCCUUCAUCGUACUUGACGAGGACGAAUUUGCGAAGACGCUGAUUCCAGAGCUCUUCAAGCAUAACAACUACGCGUCUUUUGUGCGUCAGCUCAACAUGUACGGCUUCCACAAAAAGGUCGGCCUGUCGGACAACUCCAUGAAAGCGAGCGAGCGGAAGAACAAGAGUCCCAGCGAGUAUUACAACCCCUACUUCCGCCGCGGUCACCCUAAUCUACUGUGGCUCAUCAACAAACCCAAGAGUGGAGCUUCCAAGAAGAAAGGGAAGCGGGCUGACGAGGGAGAUGUUGAGAGUGAAGAAGAGAAUGUUGAGGAUGGCAUGCUCGGCCCAACUUAUACCGCACAGCCUUUGCCGGCAAACCGCGCCUUGCCGGCCCCAGAGUCAGGCGCACUAUCCAAAAAGGAGCUGACAGUCGUACGCGACCAGAUGGCAGUCUUGCAAGAGCAACAGAGGACGAUCCACGAGGCAAUUACACGGUUGCGCAGGGAACAUGUCCAGCUCGUGCACCAGGCGAGCCAGUUCCAGGAGCAACACAACCGCCAUGAGAACUCCAUCAACGCCAUUCUCUCUUUCCUUGCAAAUGUCUUCAAGGGCAAGCUCAACGAUCCUGGCUCGCUGCGUGACAUGAACGACCUCUUUACGAAUAUAAUGGCCAACGUUCAGAUGCCCCAAGGCCAUUCCGGCUCCGUUGUGGACCUGGGUGACUACGACCAGCAACAGCCAGGAGUGGUACCUAACAUGGCGUCACCGCCUAAGAGACAGCAACGCCUCCUACCGCCCAUACCUCAAGAUGCCGGAAUCAAGCGCUCACCGUCCUCCAGCGCCACACCGACGCCGUAUAAUCCUCACCCGCCCCAGAUGGGUACAGUCGAGGAGCUUUUUGACAGUCCGGCCGAGUCCGGCCCCUCGCCGUCUAUCAUGCAGGAGCUCGACUCGAACCCUCAAGAGGGCAUGAUGAGGCUUAUGCAUGGUGUAAAUUCCAACGCCAACGCCGUCAACGCCGCCAAUAGCAGGAACAAUCCUGUCCCCGUGCCGGAAGCAACUCUCAACGCCCCUACCUAUAAUGUGAACCAAAGGAACCAGAUGCCGAACUCAAUGGCAGCUGCCUCGGGCAGUACUGGAACAGCCCCUGUACCGCCUUCUUUCAAUGCUUCACAGCCAGCGCCUCCACCUGCUGCACCCGCGCCGGCUGGAAACACAUCAUUGUCUCCUAUCAUGGGCACAUCAUUCCCGCCGCCAUCUAUCCAGCACAUCAACCAGACCCAAGAGGAGAUCGACCAAUUACAACGACUACAGGAAGAACAAAGUCAUAAGCUCGACGAGCUUUCCAGUCUGCUGGGACCCUACAGUCCGUCAGGAAGAAUCCCCGGUCUCGGUGGUGAAGGCGGCAGCCAAUAUUUUGACAACGACAUUGAUUUCGGCCAGUAUCUCGAUUCAAAUGCGUACAAUGCAGACGGCUUAGUGGGUGACUCGACUGCGUUCAACGCGGACGGCCUGCCUAGCGAUUUCGACUUUGGCACAGCCAAUUUUGACAACACCAACCUCGACUCCCUCAACACCGACAACCUCUUUGCAGACACUACAAAUGGCGGAUCUCGCAUUGUCGAGACUGCUACCCCGAGUCAGAAGUCUCCCAGCUCCAACGGAACCGAGGAGAUCCCGAGGGAAGACUUCGAAGACAGCCCAGGCCGCGCAUCCAAGAGACAGCGAAAGGGCUAG